GUGGCCGUUCUUUCUUCUUCGCGUCCGAAGUUUACCAACCGUAGUUUUCAAGAUGGCGCUACCCGGCGUUCUGCUCGUGCGGCUCAGAGCGCUGUGUAACGUCCACAAAUGUGCGCACAGAGCGGCCGAAACAGCGUCCAGCUGGAGCGGAGCCGUGCGGUGGUACAGGACCAAGCCUCGGAGCCUCCAGGAGAGCGCACCGUCGGACUUCCAGACCCGAAGAGAUAACGUGAGCCCGGACCUCCUCAUGAAGGAGUUUCCGGAUCCUAAAAACCUCCUGAAUUCCACCAUCUCCCGUUCACUGGGAGUCAGCGACCUGUCCCAGCUCAUCCAGUACAGCUGCGAGGAAACGGCAGGAGUCAAGAAAGCCACCGUCACGGUGCAGUGGCCCUGCAGGAUCGAGGAGGAAGGGUUCGCCUCCAAGAAGGUCGACGCAGAACGGUUCGCUGCGGCCGCUGCUUGUUCCAAGCUGAAAGAAAUGGGCGUCAUUGGUCGAAACAAUCAGCUCCCAAAGAAAUUAGCCGGCAGGGGAAGAGGGAUCCAAUCACAACUUUACGAUAACGAGGAAGAGACAGGUGCAGAAGGCGACUUUGUGCCUAAAGCGGAUGACCGGGAACAGUGGCAGGCCCCCAAUGAAGACCGCACCGCCACCGCCGAAGCUCUUUCCUUGUUUCCACAACCUAAAUCGCUCCUCACCCGGGUCGUCCAGGUUGCCACGUCGACGCACAGAAUCAGGGAGGUCAUUCAGUUCAAAACGGCAGGAGGAAAGGUGAAGAAGUGUGAGCUGACGCUGCACUGGCCAGAGGAGAUGAAGUUCUCCACCACAGCGAGAAACCGACAGACAGCGGAGCGGGCGGCUGCAGCUCUUGCCUGCAUGAAACUGAAGGAGCUGGAGCUGCUGGAUAAAGACAACAACCCGCUGACUCACGCCAAGUACCACCGAGAGAAGGUGAGAGAGGCCGGCGAGCGAGAGAGACGCCCCCUGCCCCUGGAAGUCCCUCAAUACCUGGAGGAACACAUGAGGGAAUACCUCGCACAGUACCCAGUGGCAACAGAAGUGCAGAAGCUUUGGGAGGAAGAAGAGGCGAGAGGACAGCAGGCUGUAAACCAGCAGAACGAGGAGGACCAGGAGGAGGAGGAAGAGGACACGACGGACGCCAUCACGGGCCGGCCGUACAGACCUCUGUCCGACGGCGAGGCUCGGCGGCUCAGCGCCCACCUGCGGGACGAGUGGGAGAGGGCGGGCCCCGGGCUGAGCGUGGAGCUCCCGGUCGACGCCCACCGGCGGCGCGUCGUCUCCGAGGUGCAGUCGUCCCGGGUGGUCGUGAUCGCCGGCGAGACGGGCUGCGGGAAGACCACGCGGAUCCCCCGCUUCCUGCUGGAGGAGUGCGUGCGAGGCGGCGAGGGCGCCAGGUGCAACGUCCUGGUGACGCAGCCUCGUCGGAUCAGCGCCGUGUCGGUGGCCCAUCGCGUCGCUCAGGAGAUGGGACCAGCACUGAAAAGCUCUGUGGGAUAUCAGGUGAGACUCGAGAGCCGACCACCGGAGCACAGCGGGGGGGCCUUGCUCUUCCUCACGGUGGGCGUCCUGCUGAGGAAGCUGCAGUCGAACCCGUCGCUGAAGGGAAUCAGCCACGUGGUGGUGGACGAGGUUCACGAGAGGGACGUCAACACGGACCUGCUGCUGGCUCUGCUGCGCUCCAGCAUAAAGGAGAACCCCGACCUGCGAGUGGUGCUCAUGAGCGCUACGGGGGACAAGCAGAGGCUGUCCGAGUACUUUGGGGGCUGCCCGAUUGUUAAGGUGCCCGGAUUCAUGCACCCGGUGAGGGACAUUUACCUGGAGGACGUGCUGACGGAGAUGGGACGCACGCCGGCGGCCCAAAGGAGAGCGCAGACGGACAAGCGGGGAGGAAAAGAGGACUUUGCGCCGGAUGUGGAUCUAGUAGCUGAUGUAAUCGAGCACAUUGACAAAUGUGGAGAGCCAGGUGCGGUGUUGUGUUUCCUCCCCGGAUGGCAGGACAUCAGAGCCGUUCAAGAGAAGCUGGAGGAGAAGCGCCACUUUUCCUCCGGCACACAGAUGAUUUUACCACUGCACUCUAGUUUAUCAGUCGCAGACCAGCAGGCGGUGUUCCAGCGCCCCCAGGUGGGCCAGAGGAAGAUCGUCCUCGCCACUAACAUCGCCGAGACGUCCAUCACCAUUGACGACAUCGUCCAUGUGGUGGAUGCAGGAACUCACAAGGAACACAAUUAUGACCCCCGGACUAAGGUCUCCUGUCUGGACACGGUUUGGGUGUCUCAUUCUAACGUGACUCAGAGGAAAGGGAGAGCGGGGCGAUGUCAGCCGGGACGGUCCUACCACCUGUUCCCUCGCGAGCAGCUGGAGGCCAUGACUGCCUUCCCCAUCCCGGAGAUCCUGCGCACGCCGCUGGAGAGUUUAGUGUUGCAAGCCAAAAUCCACAGCCCCAACUGCAAGGCUGUGGAUUUCUUGUCCCAAGUGUUGGACAGUCCAGAGCAAGAAGCCGUGAGAGACGCUGUCCGAAACCUACAGGACAUCGGAGUCCUGGACAAGACCGAGACCCUGACGCCGUUAGGGGAGCGUGUCUCCUGCAUGUCCUGUGACCCCCGACUGGCCAAAGUGCUGGUCCUGAGCGCCAUGUUCAGAUGUGUUCUGCCCAUGCUGUCCGUGGCGGCCUGUCUGACCAGAGACCCCUUUCACAACAGCCUCCAGAACCGAGGCCUGAUCAGCAAGGUGAAGGAGGACCUGAGCGACAACAGCUACAGCGACUUCUUGGUGUUUAUCCGAGCGGUGUUGGGCUGGAGGAGACUUCAGCACGACGGGGACAGGGAGGACAGGGACACGUAUCUGUACAAACACUCUCUGUCCAGGUUCAGCCUUCGGUUCAUCAACGGUCUCAUCUCUCAGUUCAGCGAGAACCUGCACGAAGCCAAGCUGGUGUCUCGUGCCAGCGAGGGCCAGCGUCCCAAUUCUCUCUACAACGAGCACAGCAACCAGGAGGAGCUGCUCAAAGCUGUGCUGCUGGCUGGACUCUAUCCCAACCUCAUUCAGGUGAAGAAAGGCAUUGUGUCCAAAGGGGGACGCUUCCGGCCCAACAGCAUUGGAUUCCGCACAGUCAAUGGGCCGGUGAUGCUCCACCGCGCCUCAGUGAACAGGGGGAAAGAAGAGCUGCCGAGUCGCUGGUUGACCUUUUUCAGCGCCAUCCAGUCCAACGGAAACGUUUUUGUCAGAGACUCGUCGACCGUGCAUCCCCUCGCUCUGCUGCUGCUCACCGACUGUGACAUCACAGAGACGGUGAGGGGCGACCGAGUGGAGGUGUCCUUUCCCGGGCGCUCUCUGAUGCGCUGCGAGUUGUCCGUUGACACCUGGGAGCUGGUGUGGGAGCUGCGCACCUCCAUCCAGACCAUGCUGUAUCGCAACCUCAGCAACCCCGGCAACGCCAUCGCCAACUCCUCUCAGGACGGAAAGCUCAUCUCCUUACUGGUGGAGCUGCUCAACAACACGGACUCGAACCCGCUGGCUCAGAGCCACGGCAGCGACAGCGAGGUGGACUGAGGGCGCCGGGUGUUGAUUGGAUGUCGUCAGAGAUCGUUUGUCUACUCGGUCAAUGCUUGACUCGAUCACUAGAAACAUCGAGGUAAAUGAUGAACUCGUAUUGAGGGGAAGGAAAUCCAUUGGUUUGUAUUUUGGACUGUGGUUAACUAUAUAUAUAUGCUUUCUGAAAAGCAAAGUUUAAUUUUGCUUGAAACACUCAAAUCAUUGACUAAUGCUCAUUGAAAUAAAUUGUCAUAUUUAUUGCAAUAAAUAUUUGCGACACAAUGAGAAAGUUAUCAGAU